CAACAUGCGGGACGGUAGUUGUCGACAGACGAUCUCUCAAACAGGGGAGGACGGCGGUCAGAACGACCCGGUUAAUUAAGGCCGGGGUAGACCGAGAACAGGAGGUUCGUAAGACCCACUCUACCACAGAGUGCUCGACACUUCAUCACCAGUAGCUGUUGGGUCGCAAACUGUAGAAGCUGAGGCUGGUAGGUAUGUAAGCGUUGGUUCUUAAUUGUUAGGCUCGAGGCAGCCGUCUCAUGGACGAUUAUUCAAGGAUUUUUCAAGGGGAGUUAUUCUUCAAAGUUUCACGGACGAUUAUUCAAGGAAGUGUAGAUGUGUGUGUAAGCGUGGACGUCUCUGGACAUCAUCCCAACCCAAGCGCACUAAGCAGCAACAAAGCGAACGAUAACCGCCAUCUACCGCGACCUCGCAGCACGAGCAUUGCCUCAACUUCAACUCUUCUCUGUUAAGGCUUCAGAGGUGGCAGCAUCUAAACAAAUCAGCAUGAUGAUAUUGGAAACAGCUUUAUUUGUUUGUUUGAUAACUCUGAUUGUUUGGUGGCUUUUGAGAUCAGACCCUGCUCCUGUGGCUGGUGUCUACCCAUUGCCAGGAAAAUGGUAUUGGCUAAAACGAGCAAUCUUUUCUUGCUUUUUCUAUCUACGAGCAAGACAGACAAAAAAGCAAAAGCAGACAGACAAGAAGUAUAACAGUUCUCCUAGAGGUUAUGGAAACAGUAUGUUGCUAACUGAGAUGGAGAAGUGCCUGCCUCGUCAUAUGGACCCAGAUGCUUUGGACUCUGUUUACAUUGGAGCCUACAGUCAGGAUGGACCUAACCUGGCCAUGCGUGUUGGACGGAGGCCAGAUCGAAGGGCGGAAAUUUGGCUACAUCUGGAAAUACCUGGGGUUGGGCAUCUACAACAUCCAGUUCAUCCAGACACAGCAAUAAGCAACACAGACCCUAACUCUUUCACAGCUGGAGGACUGAGGUUUGAGGUGAUAGAACCACUGAAAACUUGGAGAGUCAGCUUUAGCGGACAACUCAGAGUAGGGCUGUGCAACAGUCUUGAGAACAAGCCUGAGAAAUUUUUGGACACACAGUUCUCCUUUCUGUGGAAUGCAUUUGCACCACCCUUCAAUUACGAUUCAGAUCUGGAUUCUUCAUUACUUGGAGAUGCCAUUGCACGAGAACGAUGGUGCAGAGAGUUCUUCAACAAACUGCAAAAGAGGCGACAUCAGACUCAUUAUGAACAAUGGGGAGAGCUACGAGGGACUCUUACUGUUGAAGGUCAUCCACCUCAAAAUCUGCGCUUAACAGCCAUCCGAGAUCACUCAUUUGGUGUGCGAAAAUGGACAGACUUCUACAGAUAUGUGUAUUGCUUCUUACAUAUUGAGAACGGCAUGACACUGCAAAUAGGGGCAAUUUCUCAACCAGGAAUGUUUUCACAUUUAAGAACAGGCUGCUUGAUGUACCCAAGCAGAGACAGGGUAGCUGUGUCAGAUGUGAUCUUUAAUCUGUGGAACGUAGGGGAGGAGGAACAACAGCCACCUGCCAAGUGGAGUUUGUCCUUUGUUGCAGAUGGAGAAACAUACCUGCUGCAAGUCGAGACUAAAACAUCUGGUAUUCUUUACCAUGAGGCAGACCGAGGAGGCAUUGUCUUUGAAACAUUCUGCAAUGUUACUCUUAAUGGCAAGAAAGGCUGUGGGCUGUCUGAGUUCUUUUACAGGAACGAGAACAGAAGUGAAGUAAAGAUGGACACCACAUUACCUUUCAUCACUGACCCAGACCCAGGGAUUGUGGCCGCCAGUGAAAAAGAGCUUAUCCUCACUUUUUCCGCCAUGUCCUGCCAGUCAGCAAAUCUUGUAGGUGGAAAGGGGUCACAGCUGGCACAGCUAACAAAGCUGACAACACUGUUACAGGAUUCAUCAGUGUUAGUGCCCCAAGGAUUUUGUGUAACUCUUGCUGCUUUUGAAGAGCAAAUGAAACACAAUAAUAGUCUGAAGCAACUUGUAGACACUGUGAAUGAGACAGCUGUGUCAGAUCUCAGCAAGUUGGAUGCUGUGUGCAUGGAGACAACUGCACUGUUCUCUGAACUUCCCAUGUGUGAGCCUGUGAUGAUGGCAGUACAGACAGGCUUAAGACAGGUCUUUGGUGCAGACUUCCACAUUAAAAGGCUUGCAGUUCGCUCUUCAGCUGCUGGUGAAGACAGCAUUGAAGCGUCAUCAGCAGGACAGAUGGACACUUUUCUGGGCAUACAAGGAGAAGAAGAGAUUUUUAGCGCAGCGAAAAAAUGCUGGGCUUCUGCAUACUCAUACCAGGCUGUGGAAUAUAGAAGACAGCAUGGACAGCCAGUAAGGACACCAGUAGGUGUCGUCAUUCAGGAAAUGGCACCAGCAGAAGCUGCAGGGGUCAUGUUUACAUCGGAUCCAGUGACAGGGAACUCAAGUUACAUCAUCAUUGAUGCAAAUUAUGGCCUAGGCGAGUCAGUCGUGUCAGGAAAAUGUGAACCUGAUACCAUUACAGUGCAGAGAAACUGGGAUGGGAUGUUGAGCAUUAAGACAGUAAAAACAGGGAAAAAGUCAACAAAAAUAACCGUGACAGAUGAAGGUAUCAAAGAAGAGGAGGUAACUGGAAAUGAGAAAAAUAAAUUGUGCCUUCAAGACAGUGUCAUCAUCUGGUUGGCCAGAGUUGGGAUACAGAUAGAGAAAUACUUUGGGUCAGCUCGAGACAUUGAAUGGGCAUAUGGAGGUGGAAAAAUCUUCCUUCUUCAGUCACGACCAAUUACAACUUCAAAUCAAGAAACAGAAGAAGAACUGAUUCAUGAGUUUGACAGCCCUCUGAAUAUUAAACAUCACUGGGUCACUACUGCCAAUGUCGGUGAAAUGAUGCCAGGGGCAGCCACUCCUCUCACUCUGUCAACGUUUUUAAGAGCUAUAAACAUGGGUGUACAGAUGUUAAAUCAUAAACAGGGUUCCCGACUGCUGGUAAUUGAUCAUCCCAAUGGGGUCUUAUCCUAUGGAAACAAUCUCUUUUUGUCUAUUCUGGAAUGUGCUCUUAAUUGUGUGGCAGUUACUGGUUCAAAAAUGGAAGCAUUGCAGGUAAGCAUUUUGGGUGAAGUCGGGAUGAUCUGCCUAUCACAACUGUGAAAGAGUACUUCGGCAAAACUCCACCUGGUUCCAUAAGGCGCUGGCUAAAUGGCGUUAAAAUGAUGAAGGUGAGAUGAAGAGCUAUCAUGUUAUCUUUUAAGCAGGAUUUUCAGUGGAAAUCCUUACAGGCCACACCUGUGAGAUAAAAGGUUGAAUAAACUUCAGUAGCAAUCUGUGAAAGGUCGAAGUUUAUUUGCUAAAAUUAUUAGUAGAAUUUUCCAUCUAAAUCUAUUUAAAUAUGUGUUGAUGGGUACAGACAGCUACUGUGCUGAAUAACAUACCUGUCUUUUUAUACAUAAGUGCAUACGGGUCUUUUAUACAUACAGUAAUACCUCAGUUUUUGUUGACUUUGGUUAUCAUCAGUUUCAGUUUACAUUAAUUUAAAUUUUUGCCCAUGAAAGAUUUGUCUCGGUAUUUGUCAGUUGCCUUGGAUUUCGCUGGCAUGCCUGCAUGACCUUACUGCCAAGUUUCUGAAAACAAAAGUCAACCCACACAUUCUUCUGCUCAGUGUGGCAUUGUUUUUCAUUGUGUAUCACCCUGCGCAUCAACCAAACUA